UGGCUCUUCAUAUUUCAGUAUGGACCAGUUUGAAGAUGCAUCAGAUGGUGAAGUAGAUCAUGCUUUCUUUGACAGUGAAUUUGAAGAAGAGAAAACGAGAGCUGAAGAAAAUGGUGAAUGUAUAGGGAAAGGAAGUACAAAGGCAGCUCAUGCAGACCCUGAUUUAGUUUCUAAUUCAAAGGAUGCAAAGUGUUGUGAGGAGGAAAGUGAAGAAAAGCAGAAAGAUUUGCAGAAGGAUCAGUCCCUAGAAAAUAGCACAGAUCAUCCUGGAGAUGCUUCAUCUUUGUUGCUUUCUCCAGUUGCAGAGAAUGCAGGUACCUCUGGAGUGACAUCUGCAGCCAGUAGGGGAACACAGGAGACUGUUCCUGCUGGAAUCCCCAAAAUAGUUAAAGAAGGUGAAGACGAUUAUUACACUGACGAAGAAGAUAGUAGUGAUGAUGGCAAAAAACAGAAGGUUAGACCAAAGUCAGCUAAGCAGUCAAACAACAUAAAAAAGGCCAGCAAAAAAUAUACUAGUAUCAGCUCCUCCUCCUCUUCUUCCUCCUCCUCAUCCUCCUCAUCUUCAUCCUCAAGCUCAGAUACAGAUUGUUCUGAUACAGAUUCCGAUAGCUGUUUAUCAGAUUCAUCUUAUUCCUCCUCAAAGAGGAAUGCCUGUAAGAAUGCUUUUCUGUCUCCAAAACAAAAAUUCAAGUCAGCAAUGAAAUUAGCAGAAGGAAAACCAAAGCUUGGUGAUUAUUUGGAGGAGUCUGAAGACACAGUGACUGAUGUAACACCCCUGUCAACUCCAGACAUCAGUCCUAUCCAGUCUUUUGAACUUGCAGCAUCAAAUGAUAAGAAACUAAAAAUAAAAAGACAGGAAAAUGUGAAUCAAGAAUUAUAUGAUUCCGAGUUUGAGCACAGAUAUGGUCGAAAAGUCUUACAUGAUGCCAUGGACCUGAAUCAGCUUUUGAAAGCUUUCUUGCAGUUAGAGAAAAAAGAACAAAAACUAACCAUCGAUCAGCCAUCCAAAGGAACAAGGAAAAAUUAUUCUUUCACAAAUGAAGAAGUAAGACAGAUUGAUCGGGAAAACCAAAGGUUGCUAAAAGAACUGUCCAGACAGUCUGAAAAGCCAAGAAGAAGUACCACAGCGAAGAAACCAGCUUUACCACCUCCUAAACUGUACCACACUGCCCUCAACAGGCAAAAGGAGCAGCAAAGAAUUGAAAGGGAAAACCUGGCUUUCCUGAAAAGACUGGAAGCAGUGAAACCAACAGCUGGUAUGAGGCGUUCCGAACAAUUGAUGGACUAUCAGCGACAGAUGAGUUAUCUAAGUUCUUCACCUUCUGUAAGAAGAGGAAAAUCUGCUUUCAGCCAGCUUAGUCCUUCACGAGGCACUUCAAGAGCAUCCGGUGUACCAAGUGCAGUGAGCCAGAGGAACAAAAAACCCAUGUCUGAUUCAGCCAGUGGGGCAUUACAGAGACCUAAACCCGCUAGUGUCCGUGCUGCUUGGUUAUAA